UCAAACUAAGAAGCAGUUCUCAUACUAGAAAACAAAUGAAAUUAAUUGCGUGAAGAAAAUCACUCCAUAGCUUCACGAGCCGAAAGACGAUUUUUUAAUCUUCACGAAAAUUCACAAAUCCACUCAUAGACCGGAUUACGUUGCCCUUUUUUUUUUUUCUCUUUCUGAAUCUAACCUGGAAACUUCCGUGGUUUCUUAAGUCUGUUCCCUUGCAAUCUCUUCUUCGCUAAAACCUUCACUCAUCUCGCACCUCCCCUCGAAAGUUGAGCUUUUGGUUUUAAGAAGGAACUGACUGAACCUGCUUAUUUCGUCAACUUUGUUGAUUUCUGUAUGGUUGCUAAGGUUUAAAGGAUAGGGUUUCUGCGCGGAGGUUUUGGUUGGACUAGCGUUCAAUGAUUCUGGACUGAUCUAUUUUGCCGUGGACUCUCGGACCGGUCAAAAUGUUUGGAUUCUCCCGAAGGCGGAUGAAGCUUGGGAGGUUGAAAGUCCAGCUUUCAGAUUCUACUCAGGGGACUAGAAGUCCUAUAAGACCAGCCAAGCGCGUCGGCCAUUCAAAUGGAGAAAACACUGCACCUACAAGCAGUCAUACUGAUGAACUUAACUGCCAGUGUUCUUCUCGAUCUGAAACUGAUAACCGCACACCAGGAAACUCUGAGAAUUGGAUGGUGUUGUCAACCAUAGGAGACAAACCUAAGCCUCGAUUCAAUCAUGCAGCAGCUGUAAUUGGGAACAAAAUGGUGGUAGUUGGUGGUGAAUCAGGUCAUGAAUUGUUAGAUGAUGUCCAGGUACUCAACUUUGAGAGAUUUACCUGGACUACUGCUUCAUCAAAGCUUUAUCUAUCACCAAGUAGUCUGCCACUGAAAAUCCCUGCGUGCAAAGGUCAUAGUCUGGUUUCUUGGGGUAAAAAGGUGCUUCUGAUUGGUGGAAAAACUGACCCAGCAAGUGACAGAGUUUCAGUAUGGUCUUUUGAUACAGAAACAGAAUGCUGGUCACUUAUGGAAGCAAAAGGAGACAUUCCGGUUGCUCGUAGUGGGCAUACUGUGGUCAGAGCAGGUUCUGUAUUGAUCCUGUUUGGGGGUGAAGAUUCCAAAAGAAGGAAAUUGAAUGAUCUUCAUAUGUUUGAUCUAAAGUCUCUGAUGUGGCUCCCGCUUCAUUGCACAGGAACAGGACCAUCUGCAAGAUCCAAUCAUGUGGCUGCUCUUUAUGAUGACAGAAUCCUCUACAUUUUUGGAGGGUCAUCAAAAUCUAGUACUCUGAAUGACUUGUACUCGCUUGAUUUUGAAACAAUGAUAUGGUCAAGGAUUAAACUUCGAGGUUUCCACCCAUCACCUAGAGCUGGUUGCUGUGGAGUUUUAUGUGGAACUAACUGGUAUAUCGCUGGGGGUGGAAGCAGGAAAAAACGGCAUGCUGAAACCUUGGUCUUUGAUGUGCUAAAAGUUGAAUGGUCUGUAGCUGUAGCAUCACCGUCUUCUUCUGUUACUGCCAACAAAGGAUUUAGUUUAGUUCUUGUGCAGCACAAGGAAAAGGUUUUUCUUGUUGCAUUUGGGGGAUCCAAAAAAGAGCCAUCAAACCAGGUAGAAGUAUUGAUGAUGGAAAAGAAUGAAGAACACGUGGACAGGCGAUCUACACCUGAUAAAGGCUUAGGCCAAUUUCUGUUCCAGAAUUGCACAAAUGCCACAGGGUUAGCUGCUCAAUUUAGUGGUGUUCCUUCAUGUCCAGUUGGUUCUGUUGCCAGACAAAAUUUGGCGUCUGCAUUGGAGCAUCAUGGCUCUGGCAGGAAAUCUAUUUCAGAUUGCUUACUUGACACAAAUCCUACCUCUGGCAAUGUAUCACUUCGUAAGCAAUUUCAUAACGAGGAAGAAUGCAAUACAUCUCUUAAAAUACUGAAAAAUAUUGAAGAUGAAAAUUCUUCCUCACAGAGAACCAAGGUAUUGGAUAUGGGAGUUCAGACUGAUAUUGCCGGACUUAUGAGCUCUGCAGAGGAAACACCAUUUGUCUUUGAUUCUGAAAACACAAGACCCCUCCAGAAGCAAGCAAAUGUAAACCUUCUCUCUGAAAGUGAUGAGAUUGCAAUCCCAGAAACUGAUGGUAAAUCAGCUCCUUCAAAUGUCUAUCAAUUGUAUGAUUCAAAAAUUGCUGCCCUGGUAAGGAAGAAUGGAAUUCUAGAAGCGCAGUUGGCGGCUUCAUUGGCAGGCCGUGAAGCUGCAGAGAAAAACUUAUCUUCUGUCAUUAAGAGUCGUCAGGACAUAGAGAAAAAGCUGGCCGACACAAUGAAGGAGAUGGAAAUGCUAAAAGAGAAACUAGCAGGUGUUGAACUUGCACAAGAAGAGGCCAACAGCCUAUCAAACAUUGUCCACUCAGACAAUGUGCGACUUGAGCAUGAUGUAGCUUUCCUCAAGGCAGUUUUGGAUGACACACAAAAGGAGCUGCAUUCAACCAGGGGAGUUCUUGCAGGAGAAAGAGCAAGAGCAUUCCAGUUACAGGUAGAAGUAUUUCAUCUCAAACAAAGAUUGCAGUCUGUUGAGAACCGAGCACCGACACCCAGGAAACCAUUUCACAUGUAGAGUUUGGAUACUGAUUCUCACUUGUUCAACCUACCAAAUUGCAGCCUGCUCAUUUUCUAUUAGCAGAACGCACAUGUAUAUCUCCUGCAUAACAAUUUAUCUGCAUCUUCUUGUAGGGAUUAACUUGUAUAUAUGCAAAAUCUUCCUUGUACUCUUUUCUGUUCAUUCAGGAUUUCUUUGUGAAACUUGUCUUGGUUCUCUAUUUA